AGUGGGUGACAGGUGCUUGUUCUUUUGAAAUUUCGGAUGCCGGCCGACAUGAGCAGCCCCGAGAUUCCCCAUCAUCUAAACGUAGGAAGCCGAAUCCAAGUCCAACAUUCACUCGGCACCGUUCGAUUCAUUGGUACAGUAGAAAACACCAAAGGAGUGUGGCUUGGAGUGGAAUGGGACGAUGCAUCUCGAGGAAAGCACGAUGGUUCGCAUCAAGGCAUUCGAUAUUUCCAUUGCAGCGUACCAGGGUCAGGCUCGUUUAUUCGAUAUCAUCCUGAAAAGGUGCGGUUAGGCUGCACCUUUAUGGAAGCGUUGACGAGCAAAUAUCUGGAGGAGGACACAUCGGAGAUGACGGUCUAUGAUCCGGAAAGUGAUAAAGGCCAACUUUACUUUGGUGGUAACAAGCAGAUCAAAGUGGAAACCGUCGGCUUUGGCAAAAUUCAACGGCAGCAAAGGCAACUGCAUAAACUUCAAGUGGUCGGUUUGGCCGGGCAAGAAAUAUCAAGUGCGGGGGUUCCGGGCAUCAUUCGCGAAGCAGCAUUAAACAUUGUGGAUCUGGAUUUGUCUCGGAACCUUGUUGCAGAUUGGCAUACCAUUGCAGACAUUGCUUCGCAGCUACCCAGCCUCAAAAUCCUUCGGCUAAAUCAAUCUCGUCUUCAACCACCACCCAAUGAUGUGACAGUUUUGUACCGUGAAGGACAAUCCCCGUUUGCGACGUUGACGACGCUCGUACUCAAUCAUACCGGGGUUCAGUGGUCGGAAAUCGAGCAGUUGGCCCCCUUACUGCAGCCAAUUGAAGAUUUGCAAUUGGCGGGCAACGACAUUCGCCAAUUAUCCUCCGUUUCUCUGCCUCAUCUCAAAUGCAUCAAUUUUGAGCACAACAAAUUAGACAACUGGACUCAGGUUGUCAAACUAGGCAAUCUCCCGAGUCUAGAGACGCUGUUUUUAAACAAUAAUACGAUUCCCUCUGUUGAUAUCCCUGAACCGGGCGCGUUCCCGCAGCUGCAAUUUUUACGGCUCGAUAGUAAUGCUAUUCAGAAUUGGACCAGUUUCGACGCCCUCAACGCCAUGCCAAGUUUAACAAAAUUGCGGUGCAAACACAAUCCGAUCUUCAAAGAUCUGCCACCAGAGCAUGCAACAUCUCAGGUGGUAGGCCGGAUCAAAAAGUUGACGGUCGUUGAUGGCAAUACGUUGGUUGGUCGAGAGCGAAGUGAUUUUGAACGAUUUUACCUGAAGUUAUGCGCCAAAGAUGGCGAUACGCAUGAAACGAUUGCCAAAAUUCAUCCACGUUACACCGAAUUAUGCAAACUGCAUGGUGAGCCCGAUCUACAGAGUAGCGCAAAUUCCGGUACACGAAACACCCUGUUAACGAAUCGAUUAAUCAGCAUCACAUUCACUCGACGACCGAUCAAUUCGGAAGCGAUGCUUGUCGAGACCAAGAAACGACACGAAUUACCUUUGCCGACCUUGUCCAUUGAGAAAAAAGUGUUGCCGACCAUGAUGAUCCGAAACGUACGAAAUAUCAUUCAAAAGUUACUCCAUAUCCCAGCAUCCCAACAACAGCUUUAUCUUUUGCAAUCCAGUCCAAUGGAUGGUGAAACAUUCAUUUCCAUGGAACUCUCAGAUAACCUCAGAGACCUAAAAUUUUACAGUGUAGCCGAAGGAGAUGAAAUCACCGUUUUGACCAACGUGUAAACAACAAUUCUUCAUCACAGUAAAAAGAAAAAAAAAAGUGUGCUAAAAGUGUAUACCAAACAAAAACUUCUAUUAAUAAAGAGCAUGAUUAUCAAAAAAAAAAGACAAAAAAGAAGAGGCGAGGAUAAAAGAUUGAUGUCAGGGAGAGCGAUUCGAGAGAGGGGAAAGAUGGUAGGGAAUUGAAAAAAGGAA